AUGAACACUGCAUCCAUGCACUUUCUGUCAAAUGCUAGUUGUUUCGAGAAAGCUUUAUUUGUUAUUGCCGCAAGUUUCUCUGAAAUUUCCUCUCCAAUAUCCUCGUCAUCAUCAAUGGAUAAUUCAAUGUCAUCUAACACUGAAUUACCUGGUUUCCAGACAGAACAGAGAGUAUUCCUGUGCAUCCUUUUUCUUUUCAUCUUAAGUGGAAACAUCAUGGUUCUCGUUGUCAUUAUCCGGACCAGAAAGCUAAGAUCAAGAAUGAAUAUUUUCAUGGCAAACUUGGCUUUAGCAGAUGUACUGGUAGGUUUUUCUGUCCUAAUCGAUGUCCUAGACAAGUUCUUCGUGGACUGGCAUGGUGGUGAUGUCUUGUGUAAAACAGUUAAAUUCUACCAUGGAGUGGCGUCAUAUGGAUCUACUUAUGCUCUGGUGGCGCUUAGUAUUGACAGACUUGACUGCGUGGCAAGACCGCUUCAAACCAUGGGAAAAGGGUUCAGGAUCCGCCUCCUCAUUGGACUACAGUGGGCUUUCUCCUUGCUAUUUUCUUCACCAAUGUUUAUGUAUGAGGAUGUCAAAAUUCAUUCCAAACAGCAAUGUUACCUUCAAUUUCCAGAACAAUGGAUGUGGAAAUUAUACAUUAUUCUGGUGGCUGUGGCUGUCCUGUUCAUACCAGCUUUGAUAAUAGCGCUGUGUUACGUUUCCAUAGUGACAAUCGUCUGGAGAAAAUCUUCGUUUACCAUCUCUUCUUCUAAAACUAAAACUGAUCAUUCGUGUAUGGAAUUAUCGACGGUGAUUACUAAAGAUAGUUUUUCUGAAGAGAAAACAUUGCUGAAGCCCCCUCGACAAAGAAGAGUACAUUGGAAGAAAACAUGUGAUUCUAGUUCUAGAGGAUUAAUACCAAAGGCCAAGAUUAAAACCGUCAAAAUGACCUUUGUUAUAGUUUUAGCUUUUAUACUUUGCUGGUCACCAUAUUGGAUUUUCAACAUUUUACAGACAUUCGGAUAUUUGACUCCAUCCCAGACUGUCCUUGCCAUGAUGGUUUUCUUUCAAAGUUUAAGUCCAUUGAAUAGUGCAGCGAAUCCAGUCAUAUUUUUCAUCUUUAACUCGGUUUUGUAUAAACGACUUUGCUCACCAAAUGCUCCACAAACUCCACCAACGACUUCAGUUUCCAAUGUAUGACCUUACCCAUGUUAACUCAAACAAAAUUGUGCUCCAUAAUUAUACUGUAUAUUGAGAGUAGCUGUCUUUGAUUAAGUGAAACAUUUUCAAAGACUAACUUUGUAAUCUUUCCAUUUAAUCAUUGCUUUAUUCGAGUGAGGUUAAGCCAUCGUGAAUGAUAAAGAAGAGGCUGGAAAUUGACUAUUGGUGCUAUACUAGAUGCUUCUGUUUGAACCGGUGACGUUUGUUUUAUCAA